CGGCAGUCUCACACGUAAAUAGUCAAGCCGUUUUCCCAUGACUUUUCCCACCCGAAAAGGCGCUGCGCGAUAACAUCCGAAAUUCUGAAUCAAGUUGAUCUAGAGAUAUACCACUACAGAGAGGCCUUGAGAAAUUCUUCUGGAGCUUCGAUUUUUCCAGCCCCGACCGACCCUGCCGACUGCGCUCACCUGAUGAUCCCGUCGAUCCAGGCUAAAGCAUCAAUGACGCCGUGAAACAUAAGCCUGACUGAAAAGCCUAAACUGGUGCAGUCCUGGUGACCAACUCUUAUUUAAUUUUAGGCUUCAUCCAUCGGCAAACACCGGAAGAUUUAGACCUAGCACUUGCCGCCACGCUCGCAGUGGCAACACGACAUCAAUGACGACCUCGGCCACGACCAUCCUCCCCAGGUUCCUCCUCCCGGCCAUGGGCCCCAUGUGGCGCGCAGCAGCGACCUCCGCCGGCCGCCCGGCCGCCGCGACCCUCCGCCGGAACACCGCGUGGACGAUUCGGUACGCCUCGUCCGCGUCCAAGCCGACCGGCGCGGGCCAGAAGGGACCCCUCAUCCUCGAGAAGCCCGCCAAGUUCAACCCGCCCUCCCACGGCACCCGGCUGCCCAAGAAGAACGGCCCGAAGCACUACGGCGGCCCCCUCAGCGCGCAGGAGGUGCGGGCGCAACGGACGCGCGAAUAUCCCGGCAUGAUGGCCCCAGAGGGCACAUGGGCACACUGGUUCUUGAACAACCGCAAAAUCCAUCUCUUCAUCUCGCUGGGAACUCUCACAACGCUGGCCAUCGCGACGCUGACCCUCAACUUCACGCAAACCUCGCCCUUCAAGCACCUCCUCCCCCCGGCGUCCGACUUCUGGAGCAGCCCGAUCGAGUUCGUCCGCACAUGGGUCCACGUCCUGCGGCUGCACGAGCGCGACCGCAACGAGAAGGCCAUCGCUAUGCACUCGCGCCACACCGACGAUGUCGCCAAGCGCCAUUACUACCGCAAGGCCCACGGGCUCGACAAGGAGAACCCCAUUGCCAACUUCCUUGGCAUGAAGGAGGAGGCGGAGGAGGAGAAGGCGUCGGCCAUCUCUGCCGCCGAGGCGUCGCCCGUGGCUGGGGACGCUGCCGCGAUCGUGCCCGUGGAGGGAGAUGGGGAGAAGAGCAACAAGAAGAAGUGGUUCGGCCUCUUUUGA